UGCCACUGAAAAGUCUGUUGCAGAGAGGUGACAGAAUCACAUUUGACAAGCUACAGAGAAGUCCUACGUGGACUGACUGAAGGCCUGGAUAAGGACAGGAUCUUUCAGGAGAGACUGCAAGGCACAAUGUGGACAUUCCCCUAGAAUGUGAGAAUUAGACAGCGCUCACAGCAUGUCGUGGAGGUUGCUGACAGGAUACCAGCUCUGUAGGCUCUGUCUUUUCAAAAAGCUGGAACCAGCUCUGAAAAUCAAACCUUCUUCAGCAUGCAUCAUCUACGAAACGGAUAGUAAGUCAAACAAAGAAAACAUGAGAACAGUGGAAAAGCUCCGUUCAUGUUCAGUUGACGUUGGGAAAAUCCGCAGACUGAAAGGAUGGGUGCUUCUGGAGGACAAAACCUACGUUGAAGAGAUUACAAACAUUUUGAAAGAACUAGGUGCCAACAAAACUGUGAUAGCCAGUAUUUUAGAACGCUGUCCAGAAGCCAUUGUUUGCAGUCCUGCUGCUGUUAACACCAAAAGGAAACUCUGGCAGAUGGUAUGCAAAAAUGACAAAGAGUUAAUCCAGUUAAUAAACCAGUUUCCAGAACCUUUCUUUACUGUCAAGGACCAGGAGAACCAGAAACUGAAUGUUCAGUUCUUUCAAGAGCUGGGACUCAAGAAUGUCAUGAUUAGCAGGUUUCUGACAACGGCCUCUAGCAUUUUCCAUAAUCCUGUAGACAACAAUAAACGAAUGAUAGGGGUUCUCCAGGAGAGCUACCUAAAUUUAGGUGGGUCUGAGGCCAGUGCUAAAGUGUGGCUGCUAAAAUUAUUAAGCCAAAAUCCAUUCAUUGUGUUAAAUUCUCCUACGGCUGUAGAUGAAAUACUAAAAUUUCUUCAAGGACAAGGCUUCACAAACUCUGAAGUUCUUCAGCUUCUGUCCAAACUUAAAGGAUUUCUUUUUCAACUUCAGCCAGGAAGCAUCCAGAACAGCAUUUCCUUCACUAAGACUACUUUUGAGUGCACAGACUGUGACCUACGGCAGUUAAUUGUAAAAUGCCCUGCACUUCUCUAUUCAGCUCCAGUUCUAGAAGACAGAAUCCAGGCACUGCUGAAAGAAGGAAUCUCCAUAGCUCAAAUAAGAGAGUCACCGAUGGUUCUUGAGUUAACACCACAGGUAAUUCAAUACAGAAUAAGAAAGCUGAAUUCUUUAGGCUACAGAAUAAAGGAUGGACAUCUAUCAAGUCUACAUGGAACAAAAAAGGAGUUUGAGAAUAACUUUACCAAAAUGCAAGCCAAACAAGGAAGGCCAUUUUUUAACCCUGUGGCAUCAUUAAAUGUUGAUGAGUGACAGAAAAGUGAUCAAUUCACAAAGACUUAAGCAAUUCAUUAUAACAUUAAUGAUUCUCAGGACCUACUGAGAUUCUGAGUUAUGUUUGAGUUACCUCAUAAAUGAUGGUCUCUUGAUUCAUUUGCUGUAUUUUAAAAUAUAAAUUGUGUUUAAAUAAAGUCAGGAACUUUGACCUUGAA